AUGUCCAGGAAGAAAACCCUCAAGAGCAAGGGGGGGAGCAGCUCCUCGCCCUCCUCCGCGCUGCCCCCCGCCAAGGAGAACGGCCAAGCCGGCGGGGCGGCGGCCAGAGCCAAGGGGGGCAGCAGCCGCCCCCGCCCGGAGCUGCCCCUCAACGGGGCGGUGCUGCCCAGCCGGCCCUCCCUGAGCAGCAGCGGGGAGUUCUACGACGUGGCCUUCAAGGUGAUGUUGGUUGGUGACUCCGGGGUUGGCAAAACCUGCCUUCUGGUGCGGUUUAAAGAUGGCGCUUUCCUGGCCGGCAGCUUCAUUUCUACGGUUGGAAUUGACUUCAGGAAUAAAGUCUUAAAUGUGGAUGCAGUGAAGGUAAAGCUGCAGAUCUGGGACACCGCGGGGCAGGAGAGGUUCCGCAGCGUCACUCACGCCUAUUACCGAGACGCCCAUGCUUUGUUACUGCUGUACGAUGUUACAAACAGAGCAUCAUUUGACAACAUCCAAGCAUGGCUGACCGAGAUCCAUGAAUACGCACAGCAAGAUGUGGUCCUCAUGCUACUGGGAAAUAAGGUGGAUUCGACCCAGGACAGAGUGGUAAAAAGGGAAGAUGGAGAGAAAUUAGCCAAGGAGUACGGAGUGCCCUUCAUGGAGACCAGCGCGAAAAGCGGCUUGAAUGUCGACUUGGCCUUUACGGCCAUUGCAAAGGAGCUGAAACACAGGUCUAUGAAGCUGCCCAAUGAGCCCAAAUUCAAGCUCCAUGACUACGUGAAGAAGGAAGUCAGAGGCUCGGGAUGCUGCAGAUCCUAA